GGAGAAUGCAACGGGAAUCCUGCAUCAUGUGCCGCACAAUUGGCUGCGUUCCCUGAAGAGUAUACCGACAAAAUUCAUGCUCAAGGUUGAUCUGAUCACGUCGGUUUGCUUUGGACUGGCAUGUCUCGAGCGGAGAAUCCAAAGCUAUCCAACAACACCCUGCGGCGCGACGACACGUUGGCCGAGAUCUUUGACUCGAGUGAAGAACCCAGUCCUGCUCUUCGACUCUUCGUCGCACAAGAUGUCCUCUACUACAAUCCAAGCGUCGCCGAUCUCACACCAGCACGCGCCCUCUGCAUCUACCAUGAAGUCGUGUUCUCACCAGACUCCACUGCCUUGUAGGAAAUGAGCAAUCCAUGCAAGAUGAGCAGUGACAGUCCCAUCCAAUCCCGCAUCUCUACAAGUACACAACAACAUGAAUCUGUAGCGCCGAAAUCAACCACACUCUAUAACUCGACCGCAGAGUUAUUCUUGCUCAUUACUCGAUACUGAUGUACUUGCACAGCCACCCAAGUUAUUAAUAGUCCAGAAGAGAAAAGAAAAGGUAAGGAGAA